UCAAAGGGAGACGAAUGAAAGUGAAUCUGUGUCAAAUUUUUUCAAUCAAAAAAAUUUUUUUUUCAAAUCGAAAAGAGUUUUUAUUCUAAUGAGAAGAAUGAGUAGCAAAACUGCUUUGGUUUUAUUAGCAAAUGGUGCUGAAGAAAUGGAAUUUGUCAUCGCUGUUGAUGUUAUGCGGCGUUGCGGAAUUCAAGUAACAGUUGCCGGAUUGGAGAAUACUGAUAUUGUCAAAUGUUCGAGAGAUGUCCUGAUUAAACCAGACUGUUCUCUACGAGAUGUUGCUGACAAGACGUUUGAUGCAGUGGUUCUUCCCGGCGGUCUUGGAGGAGCAAAAGCUUUAGCAGAUUCGAAAGUUGUUGGAGAAAUUCUUGAAAAGCAAGAAAAGGCAGGAAGGAUUUGUGCAGCGAUAUGUGCUGCUCCAACCGCAUUUUUGUCACAUUCGAUUGGUUUGGGAAAGAAGAUUACUUCGUAUCCAGCAUUCAAAGAUCAACUUGCUUCUAAAUUCAGCUAUUUAGAUGACAAAGUUGUUGUUGAUGGCAAUAUAGUCACAAGUCGUGGUCCAGGUACAGCAUUCGAUUUUGGAUUGAAACUUAGCGAAAUUUUAGUUGGAGACGAAAUUACUAAAGAUGCUGCGGGAAAAAUGUUGUUGUAAAGUUAUUUUCUUAAAAAAUUGUUCCUUACCAAAUUGAAAAAAAACGCAUAAUUUAAAUACAAAAAAAAAGAUUUAUUAAGUAUUAUUCUAAAUGCUCACUGUAAAUCGAUAAAAGCAAUGUUAAUUUUU